CUCGGGUAAAUUCCACGUGACAGAGGGGAACCCGCAACGGGGUUGUCGGGUAAACCGUCUGUUGUUCGCUCACAGACAAGGACAUAUAAACGCGAUCACAUCUCUACCAUGGGCUCCUUUUACAAUGUUCCUCCUUUUUCUCUUCCUUCUUCUUCUCUUCUACCUUUGCUCCAACUUCUUUCGUCUUCUGGCCCGGCAAUGGCGUUCUCCUCUUCUUCGUCUCCCCGGGCCGCCCUCGCAGUCGUUCUUUGCAGGCAAUCUUGAGCAAAUGCAUGACAUGGCAAACUCUGAUCUAUUGUCGCAAUGGGAGGCACAGUACGGCCCCAAUUAUGCGUACAGAGGAUUCCUUAAUGGUAGCAGGCUAAUGACGACGGAUCCAGUCGCACUUUCGUAUAUCCUGGGGCACGCGUAUGACUACCCAAAGCCGGAUUUCGUUCGUGAUAGUCUAGCGGCGAUGGGUGCAGGUCACGAAGGGCUCCUUACGUCGGAAGGCGAAGUUCACAAGAGACAGCGUAAAAUUCUGUCGCCCGCAUUCUCUCUAUCCCAUAUCAAAUCUUUGACUCCGAUAUUCUGGGACAAGGCCGAACAGCUUCGCGACAUAUGGCUCCAAUCACCAGGCAAACCUGUCCGCGUAGACGCACUUUCUUAUUUGGCUCGUGCUACGUUAGAUGUCAUUGGCUUAGCUGGCUUCGGAUACCACUUUGAUUCACUCUCAUCCUGCGAUAACACAAACGAACUAGCUCACGCCUUUAGCGUCAUCUUCUCUACCGCGCGCAAGUUCAGGUUGAUGACUAUUUUGCAAGUCUGGUUUCCUAUUCUACGACGAUUCCGUCGUCACAAUGCUACCAUGACUGCUGCGCAUGCUACCAUGCGAAGAAUAGGCUUGGAACUCAUUCAGGAACGAAGGCAGGCAGUUACCAAUGAAAUGAGGGAGAAGAAACCCAUGUUAUUAGAUGGGAACAAGACUAUUCUAGGCCGCGACAUUUUGAGUGUUCUAAUACGCUCCAAUCUAAGUGCUUCAUCGUCUGAACAAAUGUCACUUCCCGAGAUAUUAUCUCAAAUAUCCACUUUUCUUGCGGCGGGCCAUGAAACGAGUGCUAGUGCGCUCACAUGGUGCUUGUAUGCACUGGUCACUAAUCCGGACACCCAGGCGGUCCUUCGGGGAGAGUUGAGACAAUUGGAAGCCUUGGAAGGUGACCGAGAACGCCUUACAGAUGAAAUCAUGAAAUGCCAGUAUCUCGACUGGGUUGUCAGGGAAACUCUGCGCCUUCAUUCGCCCGUAACGAACACGAUGAGGGUUUGCAUGCGGGAUGAAGAUGAGAUUCCUAUUGAUUGCAGCUCGACUUCAACGGCCCCAGGUGGAUACGUCGACAAGCAUGGUGUUCGGAGAUACACAAUCAAAGUUAAGAAGUGGGAUAUCAUCACUAUACCGAUCCAGGCAAUCAACGACAGCGAACGGCUCUGGGGCGAAGAUUCCAAGGUUUUCAGACCAGAACGAUGGGCGGCUCGUUCGCCAUUGCGAGCCAAUUCAAUACCGGGCUUGUAUUCAAACAUCAUGACUUUCCUUAACGGAAAUCCGAUAGACGGGAAUCGCUCGUGCAUUGGGUAUAAGUUUGCUCUACUCGAGAUCAAAAUUUUCUUGUAUGUGCUUCUGAAAGACUUGGAAUUCUCAAUUGACCCCACCAUGGUUAUCGAGAAGAGGGUCAACGUGGUAACACGUCCUUUCGUGAAAUCUGAGCCGCAGUUGGGGAACCAGUUGCCUCUCUUUGUACAUCGUGUCUCCCGGGGUGACGUGAAAACAGAUGUUGUUAUCGCACAAACCGCACAAUAGCACGAUGCGCAUCCGGUCGUUUAUCGUCAUCAUAUUCAUUAUUUAUUCCCAUUCACGAAUGGCCGGCUCUGUCGAUCAUUUCAUUUGUGUAAUUGCAUGUGUAACCCUAGCAUAUAUAGUAGAAUAAUAGAAGAUGGUCAGAUUGUCCAGAAGG